AUGCACGUCUCAGUCGGCAUGAACGCAGCUAAGCUGUUUUUCGCAGCGACAACCGUGGCGGCGGCAGCGAUCCCUGACAGUGCAGCGAACCACAUCAUACACAAAGAUGUGGUUGUUCUGGGCGGUGGUGCCUCUGGGGCACAUGCGGCUGUGAGACUGCGGGAGGACUAUGGGAAGACUGUGGUCAUUGUCGAGAAACAGGAGAAUCUGGGUGGCCAUGUUGAAACAUACAUUGACCCAGUUUCCGGAAAACCCUACGACUAUGGCGUCAACUCGUACACAGAGUAUGGGGGCGCGGAGGCGUUCUUCACCCGCUUCAAUGUCUCUCUCCAGACGCCCGUCCGGCUCUCCUUGACAACCACAUUUGCUGACUUCAAGACCGGCUCUGUCCUUGACGGCUAUGUAGCCCCUGCUGCGGCAAACGUGACCGCCGCACUUGAGAAGUACUUGGAGAUCUGCGAGCGUUACGAGGACCUAUUCCUUCCUUCGUAUGCCAAUUUCCCAGCACAAGAUGUACCCGAAGACUUGCUCUUGCCCUUCGGAGACUUUGUGGUGAAGUACGGCCUCGAGGCAAUCGUGCCUCGAGUCUUCCAGGUGACGGGACUCGGUUUGGGAAAUGUGGUCGACGAACUUACGCUUUAUGUGAUGCAAGCAUUCGGUGCUCCCAUCGUCAGAACUUUCGUUGGGAAAGCCAAUUCGUGGGUGCCCACAACUAAGAGGAACCAAGACCUCUAUGACAACAUUGCUGCCCUCUUAGGAGAUGAUGUUCUGUACUCCAGUACUGUCGUUUCCUCCCACCGGUCCUGCCACGGCGUGCAGCUCCUCGUUGAAGGCGCCAGUGGACAGCGCACUCUGAUCAAGGCCAAGCGGCUGCUCAUCUCCUUUUCGCCGACUGCCGAAAACCUCGCGCCCUUUGACCUCGACAAGACUGAGCAGGACAUCUUCUCGGUCUGGGGUAAAGGUGCUGUCUUUGCGGGUAUCGCUACACAUCCUUCGCUCCCCGUCAACUACUCGAUUGUCAACUACCCGACUUCCGUCAUUCCAAGCAACUGGCUCGAACUGCCCGACGCCCCUUUCGUCGGACGAUUUGAAUAUUUGGGCGACUCCAAUUUCCGCGUGCUAGUGACGGGCACAGCGGACGAUGAGAUCCCUGAGGCGCAGGCUUUGGCUCAGGAGGCUUUCAACAAGUUGGCAGCUGCGGGAACCAUCGAAGACACUCAGGGCAAACCACUCGAGUUCCCGGCCCUCGCGGCCCAUAUCGGUAUACAUCCCCACCUGUCGGUGGAAACGCUGCAGUCAGGUUUCUACAAGAAGCUUUACGCGCUCCAGGGUCGCAAGUCGACAUUCUAUACCGGUGGCGCUUGGACGGCGGACUUCACUACUAUUCUGUGGGAGUACAACAACCAGUACCUGUUGCCCAGGCUGCUGGAGAGUUUUGGUCAGCACAACCAGACCUCGUGA